ACCGCCGCCCGCCACCUCUUCUCCUCCUCCGCUGUGGCCCCGACCGCCCCGCCGGGCCCCGAAGUCGUCCGCGCCUCAGCGCCGGCCCCUCGGCCCACGGCGCUGGCGGCGCGGUAGAGACAGGACCUAUGUGGCGCAUGCGUGGUGGCGCCACCAGGCGCGGGAGCUGCGGCGGUGGGGACGGCGGUGGGGACAGCCGCGGGCAGGGCCGUCCCGGCCGGGCUCGUGGGGGUGGCGGCAUCGGCGGCGGCGUGGGCUGGCGAGGCCGUGCGGGCGGCGCCCGACAGCAGCUGGAGGAGCGGUUCGCGGACCUGGCUGCGAGCCACCUGGAGGCCAUCCGCGCGCGGGACGAGCGGGACCGUCAGAACGCGCGGCUGCGCGAAGAGAACGCCCGGCUGCGGCUUGAAAACCGGCGGCUGAAGCGCGAGAACCGCAGUCUCUUCCGUCAGGCUUUGCGGCUUCCCGGCGAGGCUGGCGACGGGGCGGCCGCAGAGGCGGCCAGGGCCACCCCAGGCCCCGAGGAGGCCAGCACGAACCGGAGGGCGAGAGGCGGCGGCCUCGAGGACGAGCCAGGCAGCCCCAGGGCCCUGAGGGCCCGGCUCGAGAAGCUGGAGGCCAUGUACCGCCGAGCCCUGCUGCAGCUGCACCUCGAGCAGCGGGGGCCGCGCCCGCGUGGCGACAAGGAUGAGCCCCCUUUGCGCGCACCCGAGUCAGGCCUGCGCGCCCCGGACUCAGAGCCCUCCGAGCCCUGGCUGUAGCCCGAGGCCGCGGCCGGGGAGAGGCGGGGCCUCGCGCGGCCCCUCCUUCUCCACUCGCCGCUCCCCCAUCUAGCAACGCCCUGGGCCCUCCGCCGCAGGACUGCACCACUGCGCCCUCCGCCUCCCGCCAGGCACCUCCCCGGGGGGCUUGGCGUGGGUCGGUUGAGGUUGAGAGCUUGCCCGGCCCCCUGGAUCCGCCACAGUGCGGAGCCCCUGCCUCUUUCCCCUGCUGGUUUCCAUGGGUUGAGGCCUAGAAGCGGAGGGGCGGGUUUUACAACAGCAAGAAAUGGGUGCCAGUCAGCACUUCCUACUGCCUGAACUUUUCAGGGUGUUGUGAGGGCCUCUUCUAUUUUUUUUUUUUUUCUUCCUGUUUUGGUUCUUUGAGGAAUGAAUAAUGCAUUUUGAGUUGUUUGAAUUUGUUGUUCAUUCUUCAGUCCCCUAAAACCUCAGCCAAUAUCUCUUAUGUGGUCAACAUAUGCUUUUAUGAGUCAGUAUUACUUGGCUAUCUUAUAAAAUACCACCUUUUUAUUAAAAAGGUAAUAUUUAUUACUCUAUGUCUGCUCCCUGCUCCAGUCCUUAAACAUCUAAUAUAUAUUGAUUUGUUUACCCCCAGGAAAUUUUAAAAAUAUCUGCCUAUAAGUGAUCCUUUAAAUUGGCAAAUAAAUCUGAUGCAUUAAAAAUAA